CCGGAGCGCGGGGCAGUUACUUCCGGGAGCAUGGGCUGAAGACUUGAAGCGCUGUGGAUGGUGGGCUCUACUGCUGCCAGCAUGCUGCGAGCCACUUGGAGGCGGGCGGCACGGGCUGCUGCCGCUGCGGCCCGGCCGAGGUUCACGGCGCCCACCCGGGGAUUGCGCCUGCGCGAUAACGCUCUCCUUUCGGCUGUACCCUCAGAGGCAGUGCUGCGACCUCUCUAUAUGGAUGUGCAGGCUACAACGCCUCUGGAUCCCAGGGUACUCGAUGCCAUGCUCCCAUACCUUGUGAACUACUACGGGAACCCACAUUCUCGGACUCAUGCGUAUGGCUGGGAGAGCGAGGCAGCCAUGGAACAUGCUCGCCAGCAAGUAGCAUCUCUGAUCGGAGCAGAUCCUCGAGAGAUCAUUUUUACUAGUGGAGCGACUGAGUCCAACAACAUAGCGAUUAAGGGAGUGGCAAGGUUCUACAGGUCACGGAAAAAGCACGUGGUCACCACCCAGACUGAACACAAAUGUGUGCUGGAUUCCUGCCGCUCACUGGAAGCUGAGGGCUUUCGGGUCACAUACCUGCCAGUGCAGAAGAGUGGGAUCAUUGACUUAAAGGAACUAGAGGCUGCCAUUCAGCCAGAUACCAGCCUGGUAUCAGUUAUGACUGUGAACAAUGAGAUUGGAGUAAAGCAACCGAUUGCAGAAAUAGGGAAGAUUUGCAGUUCCAAAAAGGUGUAUUUCCAUACUGAUGCAGCCCAGGCUGUUGGAAAGAUCCCACUCGAUGUCAACGAUAUGAAAAUUGAUCUCAUGAGCAUCAGCGGUCACAAACUCUAUGGUCCUAAAGGGGUUGGUGCUAUCUAUAUCCGGCGUAGGCCCCGGGUGCGUGUGGAGGCCCUACAGAGUGGCGGCGGGCAGGAGCGGGGUAUGCGGUCUGGGACAGUGCCCACACCCUUGGUGGUGGGGCUGGGAGCUGCCUGUGAGUUGGCACAACAGGAGAUGGAGUACGACCACAAGAGAAUCUCCAAGUUAGCAGAGCGGCUGGUACAGAAGAUAAUGAGCAGCCUUCCAGAUGUGGUGAUGAACGGGGACCCCAAACAGCACUACCCUGGCUGUGUCAACCUCUCCUUUGCGUACGUGGAAGGGGAGAGUCUGCUGAUGGCCCUCAAGGACGUCGCUUUGUCCUCAGGGAGUGCCUGCACUUCUGCAUCGCUGGAACCCUCCUACGUCCUCAGAGCAAUCGGCACUGACGAGGAUUUAGCACACUCUUCUAUCAGGUUCGGCAUUGGCCGCUUCACUACUGAAGAGGAGGUGGACUACACUGUGGAGAAGUGCAUUCAUCAUGUGAAACGCCUCCGGGAUAUGAGUCCCCUCUGGGAGAUGGUGCAGGAUGGCAUUGAUCUCAAGAGCAUCAAGUGGACCCAGCAUUAGAAGAGUGGUUCCGUGACUUUGUGCUGACCUGGCUCUUCCUGCCUUACUGACCCGUGUACAACCAGGAACCUUGUUACAUGCUGAGUGGUCCAUGGUCAAACCAGAGUAGCGCUGUUGACUUUACCACAGAAUGUUUUCAACUGAGAAAUUCCAGGAAGUAUCUUUCCUAGUCUCAACCUCUUCCUCCAAAGGAGUUCUUCUCUACUGUUGAGUGAGUGGAAGCCUGGAGAUGCUGGCAUGCUACUCCCCCUAGGCGUACCUGCUGUUGGGGAGGUAGCAGAACUGCAGAAGGCUCUGGAUUCUGUGUCAGUGUGGAUCGUCACUCUGCUCAGCUGGACUGGCACCAGUAGCAACUAGCAUAAACAAACUUUAUUUUAACCUUUUUUUGUGGCUUCAAAAGACAUCUCUUUACAUUGACUGCAGCCAAAACAAGUUUUAUUAAAGGCUUGUUUGCUUUGUGUUCUCA